AUGUUUCCGUGUUCUUUGCAGGUUUCGGCCGAAUGCACGAACGACAAAUACUUCAUCUUCUCGCAGCUGGUCCCUCUGCUCCAUCUGCAGGGUCAGGCUGGGGACAACGUUCGUGACGCCCUCCUCCUGAUCUUGGCCCUGUCUGUUCGAGCCCCAGACGUUGCCCAGUACUUGACAUCGGGGUCAGAUCUGUGUCCAGUGUUAGGUACAGGACUCAGUGGUCUGUACUCCUCGUUGCCGAAGAAGCUAACUGUCAGCAGUCAGGGCCCCCCAAGUGGCGCGCCUUCUUCCAAGGAAAUUUACGUCCCUGGGGCGGGUUGGCACCGUCUCACCAAACGCGAGUGGUCUUCCUGUGAGCCGUUAGCGAAGUUUCUAAACACCCUGGACUUCUGUGAUUUGGCUGUUCGCGUAAGUCUAAUGAGGAUUUCUUUCAAUCUUACUUUUACACAACACUAG